AAUUAAUCUAAUGACACUCCCCCUAUUGUGAACGGCCGGCGGCUCUGUGGAAAAUACCCGCUCACCACGUGGUCGGUUCGCGCCGAUCGAUCAAAUCUCAUCAUUCUCCGGGAACUCGUUAACAAAGACGCACGUUCAUGAUGAGCAAAAUGUCAGAGGAAAACCAAGUGGUGAUGACUAAGUUUAUAUCCGAAAAGGAGAAAGCAUUAGAAACCCCCACUGACUCUUCUGUGGUGAGUAGCUGUUCCACUGUGUACAGUGGAGAUGAGACUUCCCGUGGGAACUGGUCUGGCCGUAUGGACUUUCUGCUGUCCUGUGUCGGCUUUGCUGUCGGACUUGGAAAUAUCUGGAGAUUUCCUUACUUAUGCUAUAAGAGUGGAGGAGGUGCCUUCCUGAUCCCCUAUGUAAUAUUCCUGGCCCUUUGUGGAAUUCCUCUGUUCUUCCUAGAGGUCUCCUAUGGACAAUUUGCCAGUCUCAGUCCUAUCACAGUAUGGAGGAUUUGUCCUUUGUUCAAAGGUAUUGGGUACGGUAUGGUGAUCAUCUCCGGUAUCGUAUGUAUAUAUUACAACAUCAUCAUCACCUGGACGAUAUACUACCUGUACUACUCCUUCCGGGCCGUCCUACCCUGGAGUACCUGUGACAAUUGGUGGAACACAGAACAAUGUUUUUUGAGAACAAAGGAUUCGAGGGACAAUGUUACCAUGGCUACCAUGUUAUCAAACCAAACCGUCAAUGGUAGUGUUUCCCUGUUGUACAACAUUUCAAUGACAACUAUGUCACCAGCAGAUAACGGAACAGACCUCAAAACAGCAAGUGAGGAAUUCUGGCAGCGUGGAGUUCUACAGCUGUCUCCCGGUAUAGAGGAUAUGGGUGAACUCCGAUGGGAUCUCCUCAUCUGUCUGUUUGUUGCCUGGGUCAUUGUGUUUCUCUGUCUGUUUAAAGGUGUCAAGUCUUCUGGAAAGGUUGUAUAUGUGACGCCCACUUUCCCGUAUCUUGUGUUGCUGAUUCUACUUAUACGAGGAGUGACAUUGCCAGGAGCAGGAGAUGGAAUCCGUUUCUACCUUGUACCUGACUGGAAUAAACUAGCUACAUUUCAGGUUUGGGGAGACGCAGCUGUCCAGAUAUUUUACUCCGUGGGUAUGGCAUGGGGAGGUCUCAUCACCAUGGCGAGUUACAACAAGUUCCACAACAACGUGUACAGAGAUGCCAUGAUAGUUCCCCUGAUCAACUGUGGUACAAGUGUAUUUGCUGGUCUCGUUAUUUUCUCGGUGUUGGGAUUUAUGGCACACGAAACUGGAGUGGACAUUGAAAAAGUUGUUACGCAAGGACCAGGACUAACGUUUGUGGCUUACCCAGAGGCUGUCGCUAAGCUACCGAUCUCACCAUUGUGGGCGGUGCUUUUCUUCCUGAUGUUGUUUACGAUUGGUUUGGAUAGCCAGUUUGGAAUGUUUGAAACCAUGACUAGUGCAUUCGUAGACGAGUUUCCAGACCUACUGAAAAACAGGAAGGAGCUUUUCACUGCCUUUAUGUGUUUUGUGGAGUUCUUAAUAGGCAUUCCCUGUGUUAUGCAGGGAGGCAUGUACGUACUACAGAUCAUGGAUUGGUAUUGCUCCACAUUUUCCCUGAUGAUCCUCUCCCUCACAGAGUGUAUAGUGAUUGGCUGGAUUUAUGGUGCUGACCGUUUCUACAGAGACAUUGAGUUAAUGAUUGGGUAUCAGCCGAGUGCCUGGUGGAAAAUCUGCUGGUGUUAUAUCACUCCCGUCCUCAUUCUGUUUAUAUGGCUGUUCAGCGUGACCCAGCUGAGACCUGUGACCUACGGAGACUACCACUACCCCCAGUGGGCCAUUAACCUUGGUUGGUUCCUCGGACUUAUCUCCCUUGUACCAGUUCCUAUAUGCGCUAUUAUAGCUAUUUAUAAGGAGACUGGACCUAUUGUAUUGAGAGUGAAGAAACUGUUGAAGCCUUCCGAGAAUUUUGGACCUGCAGUACCUAAAUAUAGAGAAGAGUAUCUUGAGACAGUAGAAAAACGUCGGUCAUAUUUCCCUACUAUCGAUCUGAGGUGUCGACAUACGUCAGAAAUUACUGAGACCCGAGAGGCUCAAAACUUCCUCAGCUGAUGGAAGAUCUAGAUAAUUAUCAAUAGGUGUGUUUUAAUAGAUGUCAAUACAAUUUAGAAGUAUAGUAAAUAACCUUUUUUUAAAGUCAUUUUUAAAAGAAACGGUACUUGUUUUCCAAAUCUUUCAUUUGGUUUUAGUGUAUGUAUAAACUUUAUUGAUUACCAUUUUAAACUAGAUAGUUAAAUGUUUUGAUAUUUUUUACUUGAAAUAUGUGAUAAAGAAACAAUCAUAGUGAUUUAAAAUCCUUAUAAUUUUAACCUCAUUGCAAUAAAAAAAAUGCAUGUUUUGAAUUAAGUAUAUAAUCGGUUGCUAUUUCAGACAAUGUCAGUGUCCGGCUUUGUGAUGGUGCUUAUUUUUUUAUUAUUUUUUUUUUUUUCAAUUUUGAAAAUUCAUUUAUAAACCAUAAAAGCAUCAUGUCAUACUUGUAUCUUAUGUGUAUAAACAGUGUAAACCACUUUUGUUUACAUUAAUAUACACUCGUCAAGUUUCAGCAGGCAUACAUGGAAUUAAGGCAGAGCUUCCGCGUCCGUCUGGCCAUCUGUCUAGUUAAAUGUUUAGGUUUCUUCAGUGGUCAACAGACAGAUCAUGUGUUAUGGUCCUCAUUUUUUGGUGGGGAUGUUCUCGUGGGGUCUAACAUUGACAAUAUGGAAUUAAUUUUGGGGCUUUAAAUUUCUCUGG